AUGACUGUUGAGCGUAAGGCAUCUAUGAUAUGCCGCAUUGCUCUCGUUAGGUCAAAAAGUGUUUUCAGAAAGGAAAUCCUCAGUUGGAUUGACUGGGAAAAUGAAGAGGAAAGAAAAUAUAAUAUUAGUGUCUAUAAAGGAGGGAGAGUAACUGCUGAACAAAUAAUAGUACUGGACAUUCUUGCCUGCUCUAACAAUCGACUAUUACUAAAUAAUCCAUUUCAUGAAGUAUUGUGCACUCAAACGGCCAUUGCAAUGGAUAGCAUAAAUUUUGUUAAAAAGCUCACAUUCUUCUGGAAGGGUAAGGAAAGGGCCGACUUAGGGAAAGCCAUCAUAGGCGCCAUUUUGGCUUCAAGGCUUUCAAAAGAAGAUAUAGUUAACCAGAGAAUAGGGUUUAUUAUUAUUGACAAUUGUGAAAUUCAGUACUUAAACAUGCCAUUCGCACUUUUAUCUGUCGAAGUCUGCAACGAUGAUUUAGAUACUCUUCUUUGCGAAUCCUCGGCAGAGGAGUUAAAGCAACUGAAGUACCUUCAACAAAAGGCAGCAAAGGAGAAAGCACAAAAUAAAGCAGAGGAGCGCCGACUUUUUGGCAAACCUAUUCUGUACGGCCAAGUAAUUCAAAUUCAUAAUCAUCAUUUUAAAAAGUACUUGACAGUGACAGGUGGAGGGAAAGAUAAGUUAAAUGGUAGUACAUCAGAACCACACCGUCUACGAUCUACUCUGUCAAGUGACUCAGUUGGGUUCUUCCGCAUUAUGCCGCGCUAUCGUAUCAGAUUUGUAGGAGACCUGGUCAGGGUUGGAGAGACAGUCGCUUUGCAAUGUGUAAAACCUGAGGGGUAUUUAAAUAUAGAUUAUGACUUGGCAGCAGACAGUACUGGCUAUGACGUUUUUUCUCAUACACGAAUGUCGGCUUGGUUGGUAACACUACAAUGUUCUUCCGUUGCUAAUCAGAGCAUAAAGAAGUAUAAAUUUUCAAUGUCUGGUCAAUAUAUUCGAAUGUAUCAUAAGGAAAUUGAAGCUUACCUAGAAGGCCCAUCGUCUAACAGUCAUUGUCAUUAUCUAUGCUUGAAGUUAGAAAAUGUAGACGGAUCAAGAGGCUCGAAAAUUAGAUGGAACAGUAAAGUUCGAAUUCGCCAUGUCAUCUCUCGAGCCUACUUGUCUAUUGAUACUGAUAAUGUUCGCAUUGAUAUCAAAACUGGAAAAACAAUAUUUGAAUCAAGACUUGUACGAAAUCCUGCUCGUCCUAUUGACUCGAUGCAGGAUACCACCGUAUUUCAGUUUGUCCCAGUAUCAUCACCUACAGUUUCAGGCAUUCCACAUGGAUCAUUUGUGCGCAUUCAGCAUGUCCUUACCAACAGCUGGUUACAUGCUCCUAUAGGCGAGGAAGAUGUUGCGUCUAUCGAUUCGGGUGUUGAGAAACAGAAUGAUUCAACGCUCUCUUUAAACCCUUCUGUCGCCAAUGAGUAUUUAAAACUGUAUCCUUACAGCAAUAUCAAAAGGCGUACGAGUCCAGUUAGCAGACCAACAUUAUACCAUUCACAUUAUGAUCAUUUAAAUUCAAUAGAGUCAUCUGUCUGCAAUCAAUCAUUGAUCGAUGGCAAACUCGAAGCAAAAAGUUUCAAUUCAACUUUUGUUCUUGAAAACAACCUUGACCCAGAUACUUCUUAUUAUACAAUUUCGUCAAGCCCCGAUAUGUACUAUCACGAUUGCUUUUCGAUCAGUUUUGUCGAUCAAGAAUUAAUAGAUAAAGUAAAUUACGCUAACGAGAUGUUACCUCAACUCCAUCUAUACCUUUCAAAAGAUAGACAAAUCAGCACUGUUUCCGGUCAUUCAUCUUUGUCCUACACCAUCAGUGAGAAAGAAUUUGAAUCGGUAGCUAAUAUAUUAGACGCCUUAAUUCGGUUCUGUACAAAAAGCAAUGAAGACGACUUCAGAUUCCGAAAAGGUAUACCUAUCGAAGCACAUCAGGAUUUGCUACGCGACAUUGGGAUUAUUGAAACAGUGAUUGAUAUGAUCAUGGCACCUUUCAGCCUCCAAAAAAGGAAAGAGAUUAGACGAAGAGCACGUCAAACUUAUAGUGGAAGUACACAACAACAGUCAUAUCUGAAGGGAACUGAAAAAGAAGCCAAAAGUGACGAAAUAGUAUCGAACAAGAAGCUACGUAUUAUACUCUCGUUAUGCUACAGUUUGCUACGUGUAUUCUUGAUUCGGCCAGCUACAAUUGAGACAAGUGGGCAGCAGAAUCACGAAACACAUGAGACCGCAUUGAGAAAUCAGUACUACAUUUUUCACAAGGCAGGUGAAGAAGGAAUGGCAUUAUUCAUCGAACAUCUUUCGUAUAAUAUCGGUGCAAAAUCGAUGAUGAUCAAUCUGUUAGAAGUGGUUGAACAACAUAGUCUUAUCUCACAAACUAUUCUUGAUGCCUUCAUAGAGAAGGCAUCUACUCAAACCGAUGAGAUUAUUGAAGAGCUUGGAAAAGGCAAUAGGGUUAUGAAGAAGCAUGACUACAUUGUUAGUAUUCGACUCUUGGGUGCAUUAUGCCAGAGAAGCAAAUUUAUUCCUCCUCAAACAAACAUAGAAUAUCUCGAACCUAAGACAAUAACUACGACGUCUUAUCGCAUCCAAGUCAGUGACCGGCUCUUUGAUCAAAAUAACGUUUGUCUGAUGCAAAGUAGGGUUUCAGAUAAAAACCUCGUUGAGGUAAAAUUCAAAAAGGAUAUAUGGCGAGAGUUGAAUUCAUUAUUAGAGGAACAGCCACAAAUGACAUCCGUUAUGGAAAGCUUUCUCGGUUUGGUUUACGCUCUUUCUGACGAACCUCAUGCGCAGCCCAACAAUUUUGCUUGUCAGUUAAUCAUUUUAUAUGUCGAUAACUGUAGCUAUGAAAAGGUGGCUUUACAUGAUUUCACAAUGGACGCAAAUGCCAUUGUACAAGGUUCCAAUUAUUAUCCUUUGGGAUCUGUUGGAUUUGAUUCUGACUUCUUUCAAAGUUUAAAGCAUUGGACGUUCAGAUAUUUGGAUACUAUUCACCAUGAGUUUACAGACAAUACAGACGAGAUCGAUUUAUUGUCGUCGGUUUUAAACCUUAUUCAUGCGCAGUUGCAACUUGGGUUCUUUAAAACUAAACGCGAUAUAGAAAUUCUGUUUCGUUCACUUGUUCACAUAUUGGACGGUCGUACGGAUGCAAGGAAUAAGGAGCAUUACGAGUAUAUAAAAGACGAAACCAAUCCCAGACCAUGGUAUGAGAGAUAUGUGUUGACCGAGAAGAAUCUAUUCGCGAUGAACACAAAGAUCCAAAUUUUACGCAUUUUUGACUUAAUAUUUGAUCUGAGAUUACGUGUACGUAUGUCGAAAUUAGCGCAGGCUUGGAAGAGUAAAACUGAUAGUGGAAAAUCUGCUAUUGAUUUAUCCAUCGGCGAAUCAGAGCUGCAUUUGAUUACUACGAUUUUUAAGGAAACGCAGCUACGGGAACGAGAAAAUGGUCUGAUGCCCAUUUUAAAGGAUUUAUUGAAAUAUCAAUAUACUCCGUUAAAAGAGAUGGCAGUCAUCAUAAUGCACAGGUUGUUUAGUGAUAGUCAAGAAUUAUUUAGGUUGGCAGCUAGUGCCAUCGUCCUCGUAGAAAAAGAGCAGAAUCAAACUUACAAUAAAAUACACGAGCGAUUGGCGGCUCUCCGGACAAUAUUGCACAAACAUAGCUUCGAAUACGAAAGCUCAAAUCAGCUACAUCAAAUCAAGGAUGCUAUCAAGGACUUACAGCAACUUAUUAUCGUUCCGCUUAAAAGUGAUAAGAUAGAGCCAAAGUACGAUGAAACACUGUACUGCCGUAUAUUCAAAAACUUGAACGGAUGUGAACAAAUGAUAGAUAUUCUUAGAACUUUUCGAACUCUGUCUAUCGACUGCUCUCCCAUAUAUCUUGACAUUUUUCAUUCUACCUUUCAAUUACUAUGCAACGUUUUUCGGCAUGAUAAAGAAGCUCAAAGUCAGCUCAUCUUGGCGAAUAUUGAGUUGCUCAUCAGUUUUAUUGAAACAUUACCGGAAUUGGCAUAUGAUUUUGCUCAGUUAUGUUCCAACAAUCUCUAUCUGAGCAUUCAUAUGAGGGAGAAAAACAUCAUACGUAUCUUAAGAUCUUCAAAGGGACAACAGGAUGAUCACUUACUGGUAUUGCAUGAUCUGAUGAAGACGCAAGGCAAAUUCGUCAAGAAGAAUCAGGAUAUUGUGAUGAAAUUUUUCAUGGAUAACCGUAGGGAUUAUAUACCCUUUGAUAGUGUGGAUUCUUUGAAAAGUAUGCAUAAUUCAGCUUACUGUAUCAACUUUAUCAGUAUUUUGGCUAUAUGCGCACAAGGUGAGAAUAGUUUUGGGCAGUCAUUCGCACGAACCAUAUUUUCUAUUAAAGAUAUAUAUGAAGUUGUCGAUGAUGAGAACAUCUGCAUCAGUCUCAAAUCAGUCAUGUUGAAGUUCUUGGCGUCAGUUUAUUUGGAAGACCUGGAACUAUCAUCAGACAUCUCCUUCCAUGAUAAUGAAAAUAUAUUAAAGCUUGUAGAUACAUGCGAGCAGGCCAUUCAACAAUGUCUUACAGAGCAGCCUAACGUCAACACAACAUUCUACAAUUACGUUUUUCGUGGUGUGCUUGCUUUUCUUCGAUCUGCCUUCGAGUACCAUAUAUCAAUAGAAGUGGCUACCGAUGUUGCAUUGAAAUAUUCGUCGCUGGUAGAUUCGAUUGUUAAACUCUUACCGCUUGCCUAUGAUGACGAAAAGGCACUUCAAGCAACGCUAGCCUGUUUGGAUAGCAUGAUCAAUGUUUCUGGGUUCCGAGGCAAUAUGAAUCCUUAUAAGUUACGGAAUACGCUUAAAGAUGCUACCAGCAGGUUGAAUAAACUUUACGCUCGCGGUUACGAACAGCAAUUGAAUGUAACAACAUCCAGUAGGCUGAAGCCCUUGAAAGACAGCAUCAAUGAGAGUUUCCAAGCUUUUAUUGACAGCAUUAAAUUGAGUCAAUCUGUUGAGCAAUAUGAACAUCAAGAGUUCAAGCUUCUAUUUAAGAUAUCUAUUGUAGUCAGGUAUUUCAUUUUCACAUUCUUAAUUUAUCCUGUACAAAUAGGCUCCCAUUUCAAUCUAACAGAUAUGCAGAGUGAUGCGAGUGACAGUAUCGAAUCCUUGAUUACCUAUCUUUCAACCAUCACAACGACUAACUCUUCUCGACGAAUGGAAUGUUUCCAAGUGGCUACUAUGAAGAUAUUAGAGGAAAUUCCUAAACAAUAUAUUGAUCAACAGGCCUUGAACGAUCCGAAACAAAAUUCAGAUUUAUAUGAGGUGUUGGAAAGCAAAAAGCAAUAUGCACAAAACAAGCUUAAUAAUCUGGGGUGCACACUUGUUGCUCAAAAGUUAUUGUCUUCCCCUCGUAAGCAAAUUUUUGAUGCAACAUUAAGGUUACUGAUAUCCUUAUUAGAUGGUGGAAACAAGAACGUUCAAGAUAAAAUGGAAGAAUACUUCUAUAGCAUCAGAGAGGAGAGCUUCUUCUAUUCUUUUCAUCAGCGCCUGCAGAGUGGUAUCAACUCUUCAAAAGACUCCCAGAUCUACCUAUCUAGAAGGUUAUACAAACUAAAUCGACAAAAGCAUAUACUGGAGAAUAUUAUGCAACAACAACAGCUUCAACAGUUACAGCAGUAUCAUUUAGGAACUGAUUUUGAUAAGGACAAUGAAGCAGCCGAAUUCAUUGACUUUGGGAUGGAGAAUAACAACAGUACUGCUGUUACAAGACGACGUAGCAGUUUGUUACUCAUCAGAAAAAAGGCAGCAAGUCUCAUUGAAAGCCCAUCGUUUUCUCAACCACAGUUGAUAACGGACGAUAUAAGCAAAUUAUAUCAAGAAAUUUCGCUGUUGAUGGUGACCAAUAGUGAAUCUACGUCCGAGUUUGGAUCAACAGUGAAGGAUUACAAGAUAAUGCAAGAUACUAUGCGAGUAUUGCAGUUAAUGGCGGAGGGCCAUAAUCUUCAUUUACAAAGAUAUUUGGCAAAACAACCUGAUAACCUGAAGAGCUUCAAUAUUAUUUUGGACGUAGUAGAAUAUUUCCAUGCCAUUGUACCUCUCUGCGACGAGAAAAAUAUUCGCUUAAUUAUACAAGUUUUAGAUACCAUAACAGAGCUGGCUCAGGGUUGCUUGGAAAAUCAAGUUACUAUUUUCAAUAAUAAGAUUAUAAACCCAAUGAAUGCAAUUUUACGAGAAAACUACGAAUCAUGCGAUUAUAACCAAGUGAAUGAACUUAAGUCAAAGGUUGUGAUCUGCUUGCUUAGUCUGUUGGAAGGUGGAGUUGAAAAUAGCGAGAUUAUUUUCAAAGAGAUGACAGAGUCUUUGGAUUUGAGUGCUAUAAAAAGCAACAUGAAUACAAUCUACACAGAAAACACAGACAAGUUACGAAGUAAAAAUAUUUUUGACAAGUUAGAAUGUGGAUUUUUGUAUUGUAUUCUUGUGCUGACAUUAUCUCCAGCCUUGAAAAAGGAGCAGGCAUCUAUGUUUUUCGAAGACAAUAUUGCAUUUGAAUAUUUUCAAAGCCAUACAGGGACAAUUGAAGUUGUCAUGGACUAUGGGCAGGAGAAGCAAUUGAGUAGAGUUUUAUUCCCUAUUCCUGAAGUGUGCCAGUAUCUGCGUCCGCAAACCAAGGAUCGAUUUUUGUGGCAUGUUAAUCGAGAAUCUCCUUCCAGUAAAAUUGAAGAUUUUGUCCAACAAUCAGAGAUGAUUAUUUACGAGAUAGAAAAUCAGGCAAUGGUAGCUCAUAAUAAGUAUCUGUCCUUUCUGACCAACCAUAGCACAUUCUGGUGGGAAUCUGCGUAUGGUGUUUCCAUCUUUUUAAAUUUACUGCUCAUGUUUUACCCAGAAUUGCUCGAUCACCUUACACAUGAUGAUAUUCAUGUUCCUUUACUGGCUCUCUCUUCUUGGCACCCGGCAUUUUAUGCUCUCCACUUGUUAGAUUUUAUAUUUAGAGAUAGUAUAUUGCAAGGUGUCAUUUCAAGCAUCACGUUGAAUGUCAAUUCAAUCUCUCGAACAGCGGUACUGGGUAUAAUUGUCAUCUAUAUACACAGUAUUAUUGCUUAUAUGCAUUUUAGGAAGGAAUUUGAUCAGUCUAAAGGCUUGUUCUGUGGGUCGCUUGCAGAGUGUUUCGUUACAGUUUUAUCACAUGGGGUAAGAUCAGGAGGAGGUAUAGGUGACAUACUCGAGCCCAGUGAAGUCGAAAAGCCUAGUGCAUGGCGAACCAUAUUUGAAAUGUCCUUUUAUUUGGUCGUUGUUGUAUUCUUGUUGAACGCCAUUUUUGGUAUUAUAUUUGAUACUUUUGGGUAUCUUCGUGAUGAGAGAUCGGCUAUUCAGCAGGAUAUCAAAGAAUCCGUGGAGUUCCAGCGUCAUUCGAAAAAAGGCUUCGAAGAUCACGUAAAGAAUGAUCACAAUAUUUGGCAAUACUUAUUUUUCUUGGUACACUUGAAAAAUAAAGAUCGCACAGAAUACACAGGCCCGGAAUCCUAUGUUGCAGGUUGUUUGAAGAAUGCGGAUUACAGUUUCUUCCCUAUUAACAGAGCACUUGGACUACAGAAAGAGGAGCAAGACGACAGUGAAAGACUGAACCGACUGGAAGAAUUGAAUCAAGCAUUGUUGAACAAGAUUGAGAAGCUCGAAGAAAGUUUAGACAAGUUGGCUCAACAGCAAGCGCAUAGUGGGUCUAGAACCACUGCAAUGUCGCCAUUUCGUUUACAAUUGCAUGUUGAAGCUAUUAAAGUUCCAACAAAAGUUGGAACUGUUUGA